CCAACCGUUUUCAUGUGAUUUUACAGCCUUGCGCCUUGCAGGACUUUAGUAAUUGAAAAAAAACGAGUGGUGAUGGUAGAAUGAACGAUAUCAGCGUGUAAAUUAUCAUUAUCUCGGUUUAUUUACACGAAGACGAAGAUCUCCCUCUGGUACUUCCAUAAUUAAAAAUCAUCGUUCGUGAAUCGUGGAGGGAGUUAAAACGCAUCAGGAGGCGUGCCUCCUUCACAGUCCUUUGAAAUGGGUUGACGAGGAUGAGACCAGUAUAACGUCAGAACAUAAUCAGAAUUACAACGUGAUUACUAACACCAUCGGUAAUCGAUUGCUGUCCGAAGAUGAUUUAAAUGGGAAUUUCAAUAUCGCCGACCAAGAUAUCGCCAUGGUUAACGAAAUAGUCGAGUUAGCCGAUAGUGUAGACGAUCGAUGCAACUCUACGUCCGAAAACAAGGAAAAUUAUAGAUCUGAAUAUAAGACAUUGAAUCGUGGUAUAUCUCGUGCCACCGACAAUGUAAAUAUCGUCUCGAGAGUCAGAUCAGAACUAGCUUUAGUUGAUAACACUGACGAGGAAUACUUGUCGAUUGAUACACCUGUUUAUACGUUUACUUUGCCGGAUUUCACUCAAUUUCCAGAUGAUUUUCGAGAGUUCCUGGAAAAAGAUUUAAUCUCAAUAUCAACGCAGUCGUCGUUAGAACAGGCUAAUCGUUUGAAUUGGUGGACAUCGUUUGCACAAAGAUUAUGGCCCCUCUCUACCUCCGGUGAUGGUAACUGUUUGCUUCAUGCAGCUUCUCUAGGUGUUUGGGGAUUUCACGAUCGUUUAUUAACACUGCGUAAAAAUCUGCAUACCUUUUUGAGCCAGAGUACGUAUAGAGAAGCUUUAUGGAGACGUUGGAAACGACAGCAGAGUAUUCUAAAUGCUCAAGCUGGAUUGGUGUAUUCUGAAGUUGAAUGGAGACGUGAAUGGAAUGCUAUUGUUAGCAUGGCUUCGACGACUCCUCGACUUAGACGACAGAGUAUCGUAAGCGCCGGUAAAGGAGAUUUAUACGGUAAUAUUUACGAAAGUCUGGAAGAAAUUCAUGUUUUGGCUUUAGCCCAUUUGUUGAAAAGACCGAUUAUUGUGGUAGCUGAUACCAUGCUGAAGGACAUGAACGGUGAACCCUUAGCUCCCAUACCAUUCGGCGGUGUUUACCUUCCAGUCGAAUGUACACCAUCAGAAUGCCAACGAUCACCUCUUCUGUUGGCCUACGAUGGCGGCCACUUUUCAGCCCUUGUUGCUAUGGACAGCUCAAAUAACCCUAAUAACCCCAAUACUCCUGCCAUUCCGCUGGUCGACUCGUCAAACGAGUUGUUGUGUAUUCAGUUUCAUACAGAUCCUGGUGACAACGAAGAAGAAGAUUUUACCGAGCUUUCGUUCAACGAUAGCAUCUCUUUGUUGAAUGAGUACUUGGAUGUUGUACGUUUGGACCCGCAGGGUAACAAUAGUGAAAACAACAAGAAUGGGUUACUCGGCAGUUUGGGCAGAUCGGUUGGUAACAAGUUGAGAUUGAAAUUGACCCGAUCGAACUCGGUUCGUAAUAAUACGACGAAUAAGUCCGGUCAUAUAUUAUGCGCGCUUCUACAUACCGAUCGAAGACACGAGUACCACGACGUAAUGAUCAAGAAUUAUCUUCAAAACGCCAUGGAACGAUUUCAACAAACAAACGCUGGCGCACCUCGUUAUGGCGCCGGAAAAUCUCAAUUUUACACCGAAGCAGACGCCGAAUCGCACGAAAAAGUAAGUCAACUGACACCGGUGAAGCCAGCUACUAACAACGAUCCCACUUUAUACCUGAGUAAGUCCACUUUUUACAAAACUGGUGUACAAUGUCGUGCUGAAAACUGUACCUUCUUCGGUAACGAUCAGUACGAUAAUUAUUGCUCGCAAUGUUACCAGAGUAAAAAAAAGACUAUUUGAAUAACAAAUUUUAAACAAAACAAAAAAAGACGAGGAACGAUUUCAAUGCGUAUUCGUUCCUAAUAAUUAUUUGUGUGUUUCGUUGAUUUGAUUUUUUUUUUAUCUAUGUAAAGCUUAAUUGCGCUUGUAACAGUAUUACUGUCAUACAAAUAAGUCAUCUCGCAUUGUAUCAGUUUUCUGCAUUCGAUGUUUCUGUUCUGUUACUUUUGACUUAUUAUUAUGUUUUCUUUAUUGUUGUCUAUCCUGUGUUUCUUUUUUUCUUUUUUACUCCCCAUCUUUUGAUUUAUAACUAGUCAGACAGAUAUGACGUCGUUGAAUUAGCGCAUCACAUUGAAUUAUGAAUUUUUUAUUUUAAUUUUCUUGAAAUAUCAAUAUCGUCUUUGUAAUUUCAAUACUCUCAUUUGGUGAUGGAAAUCUGUGUUGGGGAUCACUGUUUUAUGUACCUAUAUUUUUUCCAAAUGGAAUAUCAAAUUUUUUUCUUCAUUAUUGGCUCGUUGUUUCGAAUAAAUUGGAGGGUUGGUUUUUGAGUAUUUUUGUUCUCAAAAUAUCGUUCGUACAAAUAUUUUAAUCAUCACAUUUAUGUACAUUUUAAUUUACAUAUCCAGGACGUCUUACUCUGUUUAUUUAUUAUUUUUUUUCGAGGAGUAUAAAUUUUUUGUGUGAAAUAUCUCCAAUUUUAGUAUUUUGUUAUUAUGGAUAUCAUGACACUUUUUUCUUUUUAUUUUUCACAUCUAAUGUGUAUAUUUUGUAAAAUUAUAUUUACAAAAAUUUAUUAUUUAUUGCAUCGGUUAUAUGAUAACUUUAAAAUCAUUUAUCAUUAGUGAUUAUAUUCAUUGUACGCUUGCAUCGAAACGUUACCAGUUUUGCUGCAUUUUUUUUCUUUUUUUUUUUAUUACGCUUGUGGUGUUUUUAUUUAUACGAUGAAAUUUUUGUACGGUUAAUGUGCCAUUUGUAUCGUUACGGUUCAUUAUUUUUUCAUGAACUGCAGAACAAAACAGAAACGAGCUUUGGUCAGUAUUUUAGAUGAAGCUUGUGACGCAUUUUGGGCCGUGGAUCAUGGGCCUUUUUUUUUUGCCUGCUUCGAGAGUUCAUUUUUUUGGCCUAUGUGUUGGCUGUGGUGGGCUACGCGCGUGGGAUGUAUCGAACAAAAAGAUCCACGUGGUUUUAUAUUUUUAUUCUGAAUUCUUUUUUUAAUUGUAAAAUGUUACUUAUAUUAUAGGUCCGUCACAAGAAAAUACUAACAUCGGAUAUAAAUUAUUCCUUAAAUUGAACUUGUGUUUGACAAUUUUAUCGCAAAUUUGCUCGGAUAAUUCCAAAAUACCGUGAUUGCGUGGUAAGAUUGGUCAAGUUUUUAUACGAAAUGUAGGUUUUAUUUUUAGUAUUUUAUUGCUGAAAAAAAUUAUACGAAGUGUUUCGAAAUAAAAGGGUUGUAAUAUUUUUACCACAUAAAAAUAAUGUAUAUCGAGCGAUAUAUUUAUUUUUUUUACGAGAUAGGCUGGUUUGGGAGAGAGGUAUUUUUUGAAUGAUUGUGCAUUUAUCAUUAUUCUUUUUAACGUUACCUAUUUGUUAUGUUUCUUUAUGUUAUUUAUCAUGUUGAGAUUGUUUUUGGGCCUCGAGAUUAUUAUAAAAGGACUAGUUUCUGAAAAGGAGAUCAGCUCGAAUGAAUCUUAAAAUCACUUUAUGAAGACUGGAUAAAAUUUCGUAUUAAACUUUGUUUUUAAAUUACUUAAGUACGUUGAGUUUGGAUUUCAUCUUUGACGAGAAUGCCAAAUUGUGCAGUUUGUAGCUUUUUUUGGAGGGCCGGUUUAUUAUUGUUUUUUUUCAGUAUAUCAAGUUUUAUUGUUAACUUAUAUUUAUAUUCGUAGAGUAAGUUUUUUUUUCUUCUCUUUUAUAAAUAUAAUAAAACUUUCACAUUGUUGUAAUGUUAAUAAAUAAAACAUUUAACCAGGCUGUUUAA